AUGGGCACUCUGCCCAAAUGUGAUGUGUGCCAGUACCAUCAUGCCGGCCAGUGCAGAGUUAGGAAAUGUGAAUCUUGUGGAAAGGUUGGCCAUUUGAAGGAGACAUGUUGGGCGGGUACUGGUCGUGGUAAUGGUGGUCAAAGAGGUUGUGGCGGCGGGAAUGGAAACAAUAACCGUGGUGGAAAUGGGUAUGGAAACCGCCCUCAAGGAGGAAUUGGCGGUAAUGGAAAUCGUGGUGGUUUUGGAAAUCAAACUGGUAGUGGAAACCAUGGAGACAUUAACAAUCAAGGUGGUAACGGAAAUGGUAAUGGUCGGGGACCAGGUUGUUUUAACCGUGGAGAUGUGGGGCAUUUCAAGCGAGAAUGCCCAAAGCUCAAUCAAGCUCAAGGAAGGGUAUUCAACAUCGGAGCUAGGGAAGCUCGCCAGGAUCCGAACGUAGUUACUGUUUUGUAUCCCUAG